AUGCAAUCGACUCUUUCACAACAACUACCGCAAUACUUUCCACUCAAACUGAAAAAGUGUGCUGCUCCAGCUGAAGCCUUUUUUGCUUGUUUUGAAACCGAGGCUGCUCCAAAUGGUGAUCGAGAUGUAGCACGAAAAGCCAUUGCAAAGUGUGGUGAACAACUCAAUGCAUACAAGGCUUGCAUGGACAACUUUGUCGGACCCAAAGCCGCCAGUCGAUCUGUUCCAGUGACUGGAUGGAGCAGAUGGGUUUCAUGGUCUGCAUGGACUGGUCAGGCUUAA